AUGAAGCAUCAAGAACAAAUACGCAAUUUCUCUAUUAUAUUUAUAAUUUAUCUUUUGCUCGUUACGGUUAGAUGUAUACCUGUAGAAAUAUCAAUAACCAAUAAUUAAAAUUAAGAGAGCGUUAUUUAUAACUAGUCUAAAGGCUAGAGCAGAAAAUUUUCAUAGGAUAGCUUAUUAGCAUGCUCGUGUUCGCCUGAUUCUUACAAAUAAAUUGAAUACAGCCCAAGCUAACAAAAUUAUAUUUUAAUAAAGAAUGUAGGAUCUGAUCCAAUAGAUUUAUAAUCUGCUUCUUUUUAUUAAAGCCAAUCUAAUGAUGUUUAUUUUUCACUUUAAUGGAUAAAUCCUUCAGAUAAUAAAUAAAACUAAUAGUAUAAUGCAUAAAUUAACUAAAGCAUAACUAUCUAACCUAAUCAAAGUGUUAAAAUACUUUAGGUAGUUUAAUUUCCUACUAAAUUUGAUGAAAAUAACUAUUGGGUGUAAGCUAGCUUAGAUUUUGUAUUUAGCAGCCCAAGCUAUCAUCUAAACGUAAUAUAUACUGCUAUUUUAGAUAGUAAUUAUAAACCUACAAAAUUUGAUUGGGUUCUGCUUGUUUUGAUUUCACUUGCUUGUAUUAUGAUUUAUUUUUUCGCUAGAUUUGGAUAGAUUUACGCUUUUAAAACUUCGUUUUGUGGUUAUAAAAUUGAGUGGUGGUGGGGAAUAGUUUACAGUAUAAUUUUAACUCUCAUUGUGCUGUUGGUAAAAUAUUAUGAUUCUACAAGUGUUCUUCUAUUUGACAUUAUAAUCAGUGCUAUUUCCAUUUUUUGCUGUUACUUUUUUAUGUGUGAGGUUUUUGGUCUUAUUUUAUUUAGGUGUAGAACAUUAAAUUCUACCAGAUCUAAAAAGUCUGUUUAAAUAUUUUUCUUUUAGCCAUUUAUCUCAAAAGUCAGAGGAGUUGAUUUUAUAGGAGCAAUCUUUAGUUUAGCUUGUGUUUCUUCUUGGUACUUUAUAAAGAAGCCUUGGUUUAUGAAUGAUAUUUUGUCUGUAGCAAUUAUGAGUUGCACUAUUAAAUUUUUUAAAAUUACAUCUAUGAAAAGUGCAGCCAUUUUUAUGGGAAUAACACUACUUUAUGACACAGUUACAGCUAUUUUAAUCCAUUAUAGCUAGUCUCAAAGUUAUGAUUCUCUGAUAUUGGCAAAAGCCAACUACCCUUUCGAGCUGUAAAUACCGUCAUUUAAACAUAUUUUAGAUAAAAAGUGUGCCUGGAUAGCAAUAACAAGCAUAGUUUUACCUGGAUUUUUUUUAUAGUACUUACAUAGGUUUGACAAAAGUAGAAAUUCUUAAGUUUAUGCUAUCUUAGGAUUUUCUGGAUUGUUUUUAGGUUCAAUUUUAUGGGUGCUUGCUACAAUUUGGAAUAUUCAUACAUGGCCAUUUGCUUGCUUUACAUAUCCGUUAAUUUAUUUAUUUGUUCUUCUGUUUGCUCAAAAAAGAGCAGAAGUUUAUGAUCUUUGGAGUGGAAAAUUUCAUGAUCCAGAGCUAUUAAAUCCAUUAACAUUAAAAAUAAUGGAGGAUGAGGCAAGGAGAGAAGAACAGGAUGAUUAUUUAGAGCAAAUAGAAGAGUAAAACGAAGAAGCCGAGGAUGAUGAAGAGGAAUAAUGUCGUGUUAAAUUAUUACAUAAUAACAUAAAUAAUGACUCAAUGCUUUAAGCUUCUACAAAGGAAGAACCUGAAAAAGUAGUUUUUUCAAAAGCAUUUAACUCUUCUGCAAACAGAAAAACAAAAAUAAAUAUAGAUAGUGAGCUCUUUUAUGGUCUAUAAGUAAAUGAUUAAUAUAUUGAAGAUUUCUAAAAUUGUAGAGAAACUAAUAGCAGUAGUAAUGCUAACUCAAACACCAGCCACCACGACUAAUAAUUUAGUGAAGUCAGAUAAAUAUAUCAUAAAUAAGAAGAAUUAAACGACUUUUCUUUAGAUAGCUAAUGA